GCCCUGCACAAAUGCAUGCAGGAUUAUGUUUCAGAUGAAGUUUAUCUAGAAGCUGGUGUUCAAAAUAUCACCUCUGGACCAUUGUGUUUGGAAAAAGUUGAUUUAGAACCAUCACCUUACUUUAAUGUAACACCAAUGAAUCAUUUGCCUGAAAAUACAAAGUCAUUGGUAUUUGGACAAAUGAAUGUUGUAAAUCCUCAUGACACAAGACAGUAUUUAUACUGCUUAAAGCCAAAGCCUGAAGCCAAGAAUAAUCCAAGUGCCUUACGCCAAGCUACUGCCAUAGGCAAACUAGACAUUGUGUGGCGAACUAACAUGGGUGAUCGAGGUCGACUUCAGACAAGUCAGUUGCAGAGAAUGGCACCUCAGUAUGGUGAUGUAAGAGUAACUGUUGAAAAAAUUCCCAGCAUGGUUUGUCUUGAAGAGCAGUUUGAUGUGGGAUUAUCAAUCACCAAUAUAUGUGAGCGUGUUUUGGAGCUGAAUCUUGACUUUCUUAAUGGCGGGGGAGGAUCAGAAUGGAGUGGAGUCAGUAGUCGUAGCUUACCUCCUUUGCAGCCGGGAGAGAGUACGCAGCUCACUCUUCAUAUUGUGCCCUUACAAACUGGAUUACAGACAAUUGCUGGAGUUCGUCUCACUGACACUUUCCUCAAACGUACAUAUAAAUAUGAAAAUCUUGCACAAGUCUUUGUAAAUAAUGAAAAAUCAGAGGAAAAGCAAGCUUUCUUCUCCUCAUGGAUGAACUAUGGUGCCUAAAACUGUACAGUUCUUGCUUUUUCUUUCAAACACCAGGGCUUACUGGUAAUUUCUUUUGUUUUCAUGAUCAUCUCCAGGAGUAAUUAAUAUUUGAAUGUCAUAUUCACUAUUCUGUGGUUGUUCUUAUGAAAUUUUGUUGGUAUAAGUGCUUUUACAUUUUUAUGAAAAAAUAAUUUAUAUCUGUUUGACUACGAUUAAUUGCUCUUCCAAAGAAAUGGUAAUUAACAUUGUUUCCAUUGCUAAGAUUUCAGGAAAGAUAUUCUAAUACCAAAUGCAAUAUACUGUUGAAAGUUGGCUAGUGUCAAAUAAUAAUCAUCUAGAUUUGAAAAAUGUUCUUUUGUGCUGAUUUUGCUCAUAGCUAUUGUAGUUGCCCAUCUGGUUUAAAUGGCAGAAUAACAUUAAUGCACAUUGUUGUUAGGUAAUAAGCAUUUUGUUUGAAUGCAGUUAAUUUUGUUUGGUAUGGAUUAUGCUUGUAGUAAAGGAAAGCCAUUUACUUAAUUACUGAUCACACUUCUGGAGAAGUUAAUGUUGUUAACUGUUCAGAUAUGUAUUGUAAGAUAGGUGAGGGUUGUGCUGCAAUGCAUUCCGUUGUCAAAACUAGUGUGAUGUUGAUUUUAUUCAUGUAUUAAAUCUUAUAAAAACA